GCGCUCGGCCCAGGCGGGCGGCGAUGGCGGCGGCGGAUUUGGGGCGACUUUGGGCCUAAAGCGGCUCCGCGCUCGUCAUUAUUUGUAACCAUAGAGCAUGAAUUACCUCUUGAGGUCAUCAGCGAGAAUUUACGACUGGUCAACAAAAGCACGUGACGCCCGAACGCACCCCCCACCCUCCCCCCAUAUUUGGCCGCAUACAUAGCAAAAACGAAGUACAGUGCAUCGCUAUAAUUCAUUAAUACAUCAUAAAUCGUCAAGCACGGGGGUUAUAACGACCACGAGCCACAAAUCAAGCCCUCCAAAAUAACCCAAAUGAGCUCUUACUUUGUAAACUCGUUCUCAGGGCGCUACCCAAAUGGCCCCGACUAUCAGUUACUAAAUUAUGGGACCGGCAGUUCCAUGAACGGUUCUUACAGAGAUUCAAGCACCAUGCAUUCCAGCUCUUAUGGCUACAACUACAAUGGGAUGGACCUUAGCAUCAACCGCUCGGCCUCCUCCAGUCACUUUGGGGCUGUGGGCGAGAGCUCCCGCGGUUUCCCUUCUCCAGCUCAGGAGAGCAGGUUUAGACAGGCGUCCAGCUGCUCCUUAUCUUCUCCCGACUCCCUGCCCUGCUCCAACAGCGAGAGCCACGGAGGCAAACCCGCCCCGUCCCCCUCCGAGCCGGCUCCUGCUGCCAGCAGCACCAACACAAAUUUCACAGAACUAGACGAGACCAGCGCGUCCUCGGGAGCCGACGAGGGCACUCCAAUAAGCAGCAGCAUCCCCCGAGCGCAGGCAGAGCCCAUCGCGACCUCCACGGCAGCGACAGAAGGGCAGGCACCUCAGAUAUUCCCUUGGAUGAGGAAACUUCACAUUAGCCAUGACAUGACUGGACCAGACGGGAAGAGGGCGAGGACAGCGUACACUCGCUACCAGACGCUGGAGUUGGAGAAGGAAUUCCACUUCAAUAGAUAUCUCACCCGCAGGAGGAGAAUCGAGAUCGCUCACGCGCUCUGCCUCUCCGAGCGCCAGAUCAAAAUCUGGUUCCAGAACCGGCGCAUGAAGUGGAAGAAGGAUAACAAACUGAAAAGCAUGAGCCUGGCCUCGGCCGGCAGCGCCUUCCAGCCCUGAGCCCCGCCGGGGGAGAGGAAAAAAGGAAAAGGAAGGAGGAGAAGAGGGAAAAAAAAAUUAAAUUAAAAAAAAAAAAACCCACCCCAAAACCACAACGAGUGAAAAAUGGAAUGAAGAAGGAGCGGCGGAGGGGAGGUUUGGGAGGACUUCGGGGCCGGUUCCUCCCAAAAGCGGCUCCUGGGGUCCCCUCAGGACUGAGCUCGGGGCUGGCAAGUUUGGGGGGUUUUGUGGUUUUUUUUUUUUUUUUUUGUUGUUGUUUGUUUAAAAACAAAACAAAAAAAAAAGAUUAAAUUUUAUUUCCAGAUGCUCCUCCUGCUCUCGUUGUUCUUCUAACUGUGUGUGUCCGUGCUCUCUUGGUGCUUUCUGGAAAGCUGGCAUGUGUUCUGUGAGCCCUUUGAAUGUGAUAACUUAUUUAUGAAUCCAGAACAGAAACGCUUCUUGCUGCAUUUGUUGGGAUUUUCUCCUUUUUUUUUUUUAAUUUUUUUUUUUUAAUUUUCCCCCCCUCCUUUCCCCUUUUUUUCCCGCUCUUGGGUGAGUUUUUCUCUGCCUGAGCGAAAAUUGGGGGUUCCUGCACUACGCUGGCAGACAAAA